CCGCGUCCAUAUAGAUCCAUCCUCAACGGUCGGCCGUUUCGAAAUACGGCCAGUAUGUUCGCCGCUACACGUCCGGAGAUGUGUGUGUACUUACUCGCCUCACUUACCUGCUCUCUGCCUGCGUUCCGUAGUAUCGUCGGCAAAUAGUUCACGCGCUUCGAGGACGUACGUGUGAAGAGCGAUAGUGUAUGCCCAAAAGGGGCGAAAAUCAGUAAGCAGAUAAGUAGCAUUUAUUAUCCCUUACGGGAGGAAGAGCGGAGGAAGAAGCGGUGAGAAACGCCGGGACACACGGAGGAGGCACGUCGUCGGGAACGAUCGGGUAGAAUCCGGCGAAGCGCGUGUGCAUCGACGCCUCGUCAUCGAGCGUCGUUGGCGGAAAAAAAUAGUGGCAACUGAGCGCGGCGUCGAUCAACGAAAGAGAGUGAAAGAAAAAGGAGGAAGAAGACGAGCAGGACCAGCUGAGCCAGUAACAGGUGGAACGAAUUCAUGAUGGAAAAGAAGCAAUUGCGAGCGAUAUUCUUGUACGAGUUCAAACUAAGACAUAAAGCAACAGAGGCGACUCGUAACAUCAACAGCGUAUUCGGCCAGGGAACCGUAAACGAACGUACGAUACAACGUUAAUUUCAAAAAUUUCGGAAUGACGAUGAGAGCCUUGAAGAUGAAGAAAGUCGUGGACGUCCAUCGGCAGUUGACAACAACGAAUUGAAGGUGUUGGUCGAGGCAGAUCCGCGCACAACGAUUCGAGAGCUUGCUGUAAAGUUAGACGUAAGUCAUCCAACAGUUCUGGAUUACCUCAGGCAACUUGGAAAAUUAAAAAAGCUCGACAAAUGGGUGCCGCAUGAAUUGAAUGAAAAUAAAAAAAAUCGCCGUUAUGAAGUAUGCUUUGCGCUUCUUUUGCGCAACAACAACGAUCUAUUUCUCGAUCGCAUUAUGAUAUGCGAUGAAAAAUGGAUUCUAUACGACAACCGCGGCGAAGCUCCACAACACUUCCUAAAGCUGCACCAAAGGAAGACCAUGGUGACGGUUUGGUGCCAUCAGCCGGUCUAAUCCACUACAACUUCCUGAAUCCAGGCGAAACUAUCACGACAGAAAAGUAUUGUCAACAAAUCGACGAAAUGCAUCGCAAACUGCAACACCUAUGCCCGGCAUUGGUCAAUAGAAAAGGUCCCAUUCUUCUUCACGACAAUGUCCGGCCACACGUCGCACAACCGACGCUGCAGAAACUGAAUGAAUUAGACUACGAAACUCUGCCUCACCCACCAUACUCACCAGACCUCUCGCCAACCGAUUACCACUUUUUAAGCACCUCGAUUACUUCCUGCAGGAGAAAGUCUUCAAUAACCACGGUGCUGUUGAAAAUGCCUUCCGAGAGUUUAUCGAUUUCAGGACAUUGCAAUUCUACGUUACCAGAAUAAAUAAAUUUGUUUCUCGUUGGAAAAAAAUGUGUUGAUUGUAAUGGUUCUUAUUUCGAUUAAUACAAUUUAUUCUGAGCUGAGA